CCUCUAAGGGCCGGCUGCCAUUUCGUCCCCCCGAGGAAGGAAGUGCGGUGCGGAUGGCGGAUGGCGGAGGCGGAGGCGGACGUGCCCGCGGCCUCGCUCUUCGGUGCGGACCGCCGCCUCUGCUCAGCCGACAUGCUCUCGCCGCCCGAGGUUCGGGCAAGGAUCGAGGUGGCGGUGCUCAAUUUCCUCGCCGCGCUCUCGUCUCCCUCUUCUCCGGCGAUCUCUGUCCUCCCCCUGAUUUCCCGCAAGUCCACCAAUUGCAGCCUGCGCAGCGGCUUGCUGAGCGAUGUUUCAUCGGUUUAUCUGUCCUACGCCUUUUGCAAGAGGUCACUAAUGAGAGAAAAUGAUGCCAAGGCAUUCGUCAGAGUAUGGAAAGUCAUGGAGAUGUGCUACAAGAUCUUGGGCGAAGGGAAGCUUGUCACCCAGCGGGAGUUGUUCUACAAACUACUAUCGGACUCACCCAAGUACUUCAGCUGUCAGCGUCAUGUCAAUCAAACUAUCCAAGAUGUUGUUUCAUUGCUCCGUUGCACAAGGCAGAGUUUAGGAAUCAUGGCAUCAAGUAGAGGGGCUCUGAUUGGACGACUUGUGUUGCAUGAACCGGAGGAAGAACACAUUGAUUGUUCCAUUCUUGGACCUUCUGGGCAUGCCAUUACUGGGGAUCUGAACCAAUUGAGCAGAUUAAAUUUGUCUUCAGAUGCCCGUUAUCUCAUUCUAGUGGAGAAGGAUGCCAUAUUUCAGAGGCUGGCUGAAGACCGCUUAUAUAAUCAGAUUCCAUGUAUCCUCAUCACUGCAAAAGGAUAUCCUGAUAUCGCCACAAGGUUUAUCUUGCAUCGACUGAGCCAGACUUUUCCAAAUAUGCCAAUAUUUGCAUUAGUGGACUGGAACCCUGCGGGGCUCUCUAUACUGUGUACUUACAAAUAUGGAAGCAUAUCAAUGGGCUUGGAAUCAUACAGAUACGCUUGCAAUGUAAAAUGGCUUGGACUAAGAGGAGAUGAUCUGCAACUUAUCCCUCAGAGUGCAUUCCAGGAGUUGAAACCUCGUGAUUUGCAGAUCGCCAAAAGCUUGCUGUCAUCUAAGUUUCUGCAGGGUCAAUUAAUAUGGAUCGGAGGGAGUAGUUUCUUCUCUGAAUUCCAGUACAGCGCCAAGGAGACCGCCUAAUGCAUUGCCCCUCCAACUUCAAUACCGGGAAGUUAUAAGCUGGUGUUGUGCCUGCAGGACACGCACAGGGCAGAGUUGACGCGGAUGGUCAAGACGGGCACGCGUGCUGAGAUCGAAGCUCUCUACUGCCAUGGAUUUGAUUUCCUGGGGAAGUUCAUCGCCAGGAAGAUUGUGCAGGGUGACUACAUUUGACAGAGUGCAGCGUUGCUUGCUUGUCUCGUUUCUUGUUCUCUUCUGCACGGCUCAUGAUGACCAGGCUACUGGUACGGCAGUGUAAGUGUCUCCGUUAAUUGGAGAGCGAGAUCGUGCACGGCUCGUGAUGGCUGGUGAGGUCUGAACUUUGAAAAACAUCCAUAGAGCAAAGCGGAUAGUGUAAGUUGUUCCUCCGAGAGUGGAACGAUAGCAAUUAGCAAGUGAGCAGGCGGUCAGGGUAAUUCAGUUUCUGGUGUAUGCGUAUGCCUUCUGCGCUCCCUGGCAGCACUCUCCCCAUAAAAUUAGCCAUCCAAACCUUGCAGACAUUGAUCAUUCUUUACUUCCUUACUUUUUUAAGAGAAGGCCACCA